UCAAUAGUCUUGCCAAUGGUUCCUUCAAUUUCUUCUCAAGCUUACCACCAUUGAUCCAGCUUAAAAUUGGCAAGCAAUCCACAGGAUUUGAUGCCUCACCAUUUUAUAUUUUGCUUCUGGGCUCUGACUGGCUGGGCGUUAUGUAGUGUGGAUCUGUUGUCUUGUAAUGGCCUUGGGCCUUUAUACUUCAAUAUGCAGGGGUUUUAUUCAGUGUUUUGGAAGCACAUGCUCUUUUUUUCACGAUAGAUAAAGUCCACAUAUCAACUGAUAAUUCGCAUGACACCCACUUGAUUUCAUCUUUUCGGGUGCUCGGAAAUGUGUUAAGGCGAUGAGUUUAGAAGAUUUCAACAAUUCCUAUUCGGCGGAGGUUGCACUAUAGAUCGCCGUAUGGCACCGAGACGAUAUUGUUUAGUUUGCUUGCUUGUUGAGAGAGAUUAACUGGGUCUUUUACCGAAGCCGAGCAAAGGUAGGACUGUUUAUACUUUUUAGCUGCAGAAUUUUGAUUUCACAUGGCUGGAAAAUGAAGUACCAAAAGGAAAAUUGAAAGAAUACAAAUAUUGUUUUGGACCCAUCCGGAUUUUUUUGCCAACUAUCGUGUUGAAGCAGGUGACUUGUGCAAGUGGCACAACUUCAGCCACACAAACGAUCAAGAAACAGAUUCCUGAUGUCCAUGAAAGGAUUAACAUUUAGCCAGUAGGGUAAAUAUAGUGCAGGAAUAUAUUCUUCAGUUAAAGAACAGUCCAAAGGCAGCUAUCAGCUAGCUGCUGCUGGUGUUUUAUGUGGUGGAGCCAAAUUUGGUAAUAAGAUAUAGCAUAGGCAUCACAUGGGGUUAAUGAACUUAAUGUUUGUUUAAUUACUAUUUAGAGAGAGUUUUCCGCAAAGUGGCUUUAUCCACCAAUUCAACAAUAGAAAUUUGCAGAUUUGAACUUAUUUCAGAAAUGGAAGGCACUAACAACAGAUUAGCAGGACAAAGGUGUGCUGUUGUUACUGGCGCUAACAAAGGAAUUGGACUACAAAUAUGUCAUCAAUUAGCAGUAAAUGGAGUUUUAGUUGUGUUAACAGCUAGAGAUGAGAAGAAGGGUUUACAAGCUGCUAGAAAACUUCAAGAACAUGGAUUAUCUGAUGUGGUUUUUCAUCGACUUGAUGUUAUUGAUCCAGCUAGUAUUGCUUCACUGGCAAAGUUCAUUCAAAUCAAGUUUGGCAAACUUGAUAUCCUGGUAAAUAAUGCAGGUGUUGGUGGACUCUUCGUAGACCGGAAACUUUUAGAAGCCUUCAAAGUUAGGGGUGGUGCAUUAACCGACGAGAAUGCACACCAGUUAGAAGGAAUUAUUCAGCAGAAUUAUGAGAUGACAGAAGAAUGUUUGAAAACCAACUACUAUGGAACCGUACUAGUAACUGAAGCACUUCUUCCACUUCUGGAACUCUCUCAGUCUGCAAGAAUAGUGAAUCUUUCUUCCUUUUAUGGACAAAUGAAGUUUAUCAACAAUGAGAAGGUUAAAAUGCAGCUAGAAAACGAUGAGAGCCUAACAAUGGAAAAACUAGACGAGAUUGUGCAAUGGUUUUUAAGUGAUUUCAAGGGGGGAAAGUUGUUGGAAAAUGGCUGGCCUCUAACUGUAUCUGCCUACAAAAUAUCCAAAGCUGCCAUAAAUGCCUAUACUAGACUCUUAGCAAGAAAGUUCCCCAGAUUCCGAGUAAAUUGUGUCCAUCCAGGGUUGGUGAAAACAGACAUGACAGGAAACACUGGAAGCUUGACUCCUGAAGAAGGUGCAAGAGCUCCGGUUAUGCUGGCUUUGCUCCCUGACAGCGGUCCUUCAGGUCUCUACUUCUCUGAGAUGGAUGUAUCCAGCUUUUGAUGGAAGACACUGGGGGUGAGGAGUUGCAAUUUUCAGACUUUAAAGCAUUAAAAUAAUAAUAGUAGUAAGAAAAAUUAACUACUAGUUUCAAUGGUGAGAUUCAGAAGUAAAUCCAACCUCUCCUUUCAUGUACUGUAUGUUAAGGCAAAGAAAUGAAAGAAUUUUUUUUUUUUUUAAUAAAAAGAAAUGAAAUAAGUUAAUAGAUACAAGAUUAGCUCCA